GUGAUAUAGCCAUUCUCUUGCAUUCUGGAAUGACAAUCAAACGAGCUUUAUUCCUCAACUUUCUGGCUGCUGUGACGAUAUACAUGGGCCUCAUAAUAGGGGUCGUCGUUGGAGAGAACACGGACGCAAACACAUACAUUUUUGCCUUUGCUGGGGGCCUCUUUGUUUAUAUAGCCCUUGCUGAUAUGAUUCCAGAAAUGAAUAACCAGGCCAAUCAAGCAGAAAACAUAGGACAGGACAGUACUCGCGUCGUGUUUGUCCUACAGAAUCUUGGCCUUCUCAUUGGGUUCGCCAUAGUCAUUCUGAUAACAGUGUUUGGUGGUAAUAUUGCUGUAUAAAUAACCAGAAUGUCCACAAACUGAAAACGAGGCUUACAAGUUUCGACGUGUUAAAAUUGUGUUAAUGUAUAUUAUAUUUUACAUGCGCGUGACCAUCAAACCAAAUCGUUACAGAUUUUGUUGAUAUAUUUUUACACUUUUUCUGUAAUGUUGAAUAACAACAAUUCCUGAAUAUAUUAGCAGCAGGUCUACACAUAGUAACAUAUUACGCUAAUACCUCAUCGUUAUAGCCAUGGUCGCAAAAACGAACAACAAACGGUAUGAAAAUAUAAGAAAUGUGAAUAAGAGAGGAAUGAAAAAGGAAAAUAUAUAUAUUGAGCGCUUCAUAUUUCACUAUUUGAUAUAAAUGCGUGCGUUUAUCUCCUCAUCUUCAAUACAGUAUACUGGAAUAGACUUAGACGUUGUAUAGAGCUGUAGGGGGGAGGGAACAAUGUCAUUCCUAACUGUAUUAAUAGCAUUUGGAUAUAUGAAUACACUAGGCUGUGCCUACAUAUUGUCUCUAUCGUCACGACAAUAAAACGUGUCUCAUCACCAAGCGGGUUUCGAAGCAUUACAAAUUUAAAGAUCGUUGGCGGGAAUUUAUGUGGUACCCCCACCACAUAAUAGGGGAUUUUCGAAUGUGUCUUCUUAACGGGAUCAAAGAAGAAAUUAAAGUUGAGCUGCUGCCACAGUUGCGUCUUUUGGAACUUUUGUCUUUUCUUCUCUUACUUACUUCUUCCUUUCAGCAGUUCUUCCCUAGGUACAUGUAUUUGUAGUAUCUGCCAGUCACUUCUGUCUUUAAGUGAUGUCUCCUUUUUCCCGUCUGCCCCUCUGUCCCGUCUUUCUCCCCCGCCGGUUUGACUACCUAAUAGUUUCACCUCGUCGACAUCUUCCCUGAAACUCUGUCGAAACCUGCUUCAGCUGCAUACAAGUGAUAUAUUGCUUAUCAACGGUUCACUUCUUUCGAGUACAAAUCCUCAACGUCACAACGUCUUGGAACAUUAGCGCUCUGAUGACUUUUUCCUGCACGUGCUUUAUCUCAAAAACGUUGUCCUCCACUAAAUAUUCCAAACACGUCUUGUCCCUGUGUGCACGUGUUGCUCCCUUCUAAUUAACGACUCUGGACUCCACUCUAAACUCUCGACCCCGUUUCCUUUUUUACUUACAGACGGAAUCUUUCGUGCAAACGCCUAAUAACAAAUAAAUCUGACAGAACAAUUGUACAGUUUUUAUGUUUGAAUAACAAUUUACAGAGACACUGCUAUAUCUUUAACGUCCAAAUACUAAAGGUAACUUCAAACUUCGCUUUGAAGUUACACCACGUAACAUAUCGACAUCAUUUCAAACACUUUAAUGGGGUGUAACUUCAUGUAAACCCAAAGAUUGGGUUAUUUAUAAGUACCUGACGAUUCACAGGCAUAGUUGCUAAUGUAUUUACGAAAAGAUGAUACUAAAAGGGAUCGAUGCAGUUUUAGGAAGCUAUUGAAAUACCUAUUUAUUGUUUAAGAUAGCAUAAUACAAAAUGUCAUCACAAUCAUGCUGUAACUGUAACCAAACCAUUGAGUAUACAAACAAGUCGUUGUGAAUGUUACAUAUACCUUAGGCUAAUUGUCUGUUAGUGAUAUCUCCAUAGCAUUUCUGUCUUUCGGUCAAGGAACAAAACUCAUAACUUUUCUCGACUUGCCGCACGGUAGAUACUUAAGCCAAAAGCGAUAUUUUGUCAUUUAAGGCCAACAAGAUAUGUUCGAAAGAAGAAAACAAAGGAUCCCAAUACCUAAAAAGCAAAUCCCCGAUUCUGCAGAGGGUGCUCACAUUAGUCGCCUCUUACAAAUCACGCAGUGGAAAACAGCGUAUGUAUUAUUUUCUGAAUCAUCCACAAGCAUGGGAAAAAUGAAAAAGUGGGGAGUAGUGUAAAAGAUGUGUAUUGUACAUGGUGUCGUGGGGAUCCGUCAGCUCAGUGGUAAAGCGUGGGAGAAGAAGAUAUACGGUCGCUGGUUCGAUCCCCAGCGGAAGCACGUUCACUUCGCAUCAGACCUAUUACACUUCCAAUAUGAUGCAUUAGGGAGUAUUUAAAUUCUUGGAAAGAUUGAGAUCUUUAAAUAACGCGAUAAUUAUUUACAUGAGUAAAGCCGUCUGUUUUCGUGAGUUGUAGAGGUAAAGUAUGUUUUAUGAUCGAAUUCCGGAGAGCUUUAUUAUAUGUUUGCCAUAUUAGAAAUAACAGGAACACGUGUAAUAAUGAGGGCAGCUUGAGUUAUUUUUAACGCGUACCAUAAAAAUCCACUUUUCUUCAUUCCGGAUUUUAUAUUUGUUUCCGGGAGUUGUCUGGUUGUUUUGUUAGUUGUGUACACGAGUAUAUUUCGUUCCGGAUGUUAUAUUUUCCGGAAGUCCCGAUUUUAUAUUUACCUGAAGUUGUCUGGUUGGUUUGGUUAGUGCUGUACUGCAGUAGUACAUGUACAUAUCACGGACUUAGAUAACUAAUCUAAUUACGUGUACAUAUAUAUUGAACAAAAUUCUUUGUUGAUAUAGAUAACAAAGCAAUCUGUAUGAAUGAAAUACAGCUUUAUAAAUAGGAAAUUAAUUUUUGGUAUAUCUGCCGCGAAAAUAGGUGUUUGAAAAAAGGCAACUAGCUACUCGUCAUUUACCCGAACCUGGCGCCAAUAUUACGUCCAGUAAAGUACCUGUUCAAUUGUUUUGUUUAUCUUAUUUACUAACGGUCUAUUAAUAUGCGCGCCAUAAACAUGUUAAACAUGCCAAAACAUAUAAUCAUUAUCCAGAUUAUUGUCGUGUUUUUGUUUUGUUUUAUUUUACACAGAGGGCAUUUUGAGAAAGCGACUCGAUCGAUCGUAGCACUUGGGCUGUUCGUAAUCCUCGUUAAACAAAUAAAGAAUUGAAUUAAGCAGAGAACCUAUUGAAGAUUGGUCAGAUCCAAAUAGUGUUUGUCCUUUUAUAAUAAAGUCGAUAUUUGCAUCAUCAAUUCAUUCUAAACAGGGUGCAGACAUAACAUUAUUUCGCGCAAAAGUGCGUUUGAUGAUUAUUUCUGCAACCCUGUCCGGAAUUAUGGGACCAUUAGUCAAAUACUUGUUUUUAUAUUUUUUGAUAGAUUUUAUAAUCGCUUGAUACUUUAAAAUGAACAUCGUUUUAUAGCUUUUCAAGUAUGAUGUAUGAUUACUACGUCACUAAUGUGAUGACGUCACGAUCAUCAUGGCAGUUAUGAUCUCAUACAAAUAACUCACAUAGCUUUGAUAUGUUUGAAGUACAUAUGACUCAAUAAAGAGUUUACAGAAAAAUGUAAAAAAAACAACCAUGCUCGGUAAUCAUAGGAUUAGAUCACUGCAUUUAUAAAUAUAGCAAGAUCAUUCGUAUUUACAACUUCCACGCUUUCUAAAAUUCAAAUUACCCCGAGAUACGUCCGAUCCCAGUUUCUUGAAAUUCCCUUACCUAGGAAACUAUUUAACUGAGGUUAGUGUUCUGUACCUUUCUAUGUGAUGUAUUGUAAGGAUCCCCGUACCACUGUAAAAAGAUAUAUGAAAACCAAGCCUUUGGGGUGUUUGUUAAAAAAAUAAAAAUAAAAUGUUCAUGUAAUGAACAAAAUAUCAUCCGCAACAGUGUUCUGAGUGAAUCGGGUUAGAUUAUGAUUCGAACCCAAGACCACAACUUGUUAUCCAUUCGCCAAACCAACUUAGCUACAUGUACCUAGUCAACGAGCGUGUCCUGGCCCAUUUGCGUUAGAGCUAUAACCAAAACGACAUUAAGGGGAAGUUUCGGUGUAAAGCAAAACUAGUGGACUCUCUAGUGUUGUUCAUAGACUACAGUGAAAUAUGGAUCCUUUUAUUGAUGUAUCUAUGCAAGUUUAUCAAAACUGAUAUUCUAUUAUUAGAGUUUAUUUAUUUUUGCAAUUUGAUUAAAACGACUUAUUUGCGGAUAUGCAAGCAUAUAUUGGUAUAAUACAAUGUUAAGCUGGUGUAAUACUAUGUGAUAUUGGUGUAAUGCAAUGCUAUACUGGU